AUGGAAAAACUAUUCAGAAACCGAGAGUUGAAUGUUAGUGUAAGAACUGUUAAGAGUAGUGAGGAGGUACUGUUUUAUGCAAAAGAUGUGGCGGAGUUUCUAGGGUACUCGAAUACAGGAAAAGCAGUUAGAAACCAUGUUUGGGAAGAGGAUAAGUGCACUCUAGGGUCAAUUCAAAGGGGUGCCCUUGAGGGCACCCCUUUGAAAGGUCAGCCCGGUUCCAUUUUAAUUACAGAACAGGGUUUAUAUCAGUUAAUUUUCGGAUCAGAGCUUAACACAGCAAAGAACUUCAGAAGGUGGGUAUUCACUGAAGUCCUCCCAGCUAUCCGUAAAACGGGAUCUUAUAACUUAUCAGAUAGGAGGUCGCUUAGGUACAACCAAAUAAUCAUUCUAAACGAAACGGACCUUCAUCACAUAGUUGUAAGUUACAUCAGAGAUAACUACCCAGAAGCUGUAAUAGUACCUGGUCUAGGUGAGUACCAAGAUACUGUGUCAAAGAGAUGUGAUGCCUGGAAGAAGGGAUAUAAAGGUGGUCAGCCAGAUCUUAUCAUAGAGAAUCCUAUGGGAGACUACAAAGGAUUUGCUAUCGAAUUUAAGUCUCCUAAGGGCACUGGAGUUAUAAGUGAGAAUCAGGAUAUAUUGUUCAGAAAACUGAGGGGAAUAGGGUACAUGACAAUGGUAUGA